AUGUAUCAACAAGCAGAACGAGAAGCUCUUCUUGCUGGUCAUGGUCGUAUUAAUCAACUUGGUGGAGUUUUUAUUAAUGGUCGUCCAUUACCUGAUCAUAUUCGUCGAGAAAUUGUUGAAAUGGCAAGACAAGGAAUUCGUCCAUGUGUAAUUAGUCGUCAACUUCAAGUAUCUCAUGGAUGUGUAUCAAAAAUUCUUUCUCGUUAUACUGAAACAGGUUCUUAUAAACCAGGUCCAAUUGGUAAUGCAAUUAAUCGACGACAAGUUAAAGAAACAAAUCGACAACAAUUAAAUGAUGAAGAAACAACAAUUGAAGAAUCCGAUGAAAGCAAAAAUAAUUCACUUAAUGAUACAUUACCAUUACGUCCCGUUAGAAAUUUAACUAGUAAUACACGUCGUUAUCGUUCAUCAUUUAAUGCUGAACAAAUUGAGAUACUUGAACAAACAUUUUCGCAGAUACCUUAUCCAGAUGUAACUACACGUGAACGACUUUCACAACGUUUAAAUAUUGAAGAAAAUCGUAUUCAAAUAUGGUUUAGCAAUCGUCGUGCUCGUACUCGUAAAGCAUCUACAUCGAAUACAUCAAAUCUUUCCGCAUCUAAUUUAACAAAUGAUGAAGAAAAUGCCAUACCAUCUUUUCUUGAAUCACCUGUUAUGGAUAUGAAACCAUUUUUAAUGAGUGAUACUGUUUUUGAUCCAUCAAUAACAUCUAGUCCAUCAUCAAGUUAUUGGUCACCAACAUCUUCAAUGUAUUAUGGCUCAGCCAGUCCCUCAUAUUCUCCAAUGACUAGUCCAUAUUAUUCAACAUAUGCGUCAUCAACUGCCGCAUCCAUUUAUCCGAGUUAUCCAUUGUCAUAUUCAAAUUAUCCGUCAUACUAUUAA